CCCCGCCGCGCCGACACCGGCCGGGCGCGGACUGCGCUGCGCUCCGCGCUCGGUGCGGGGAACACCCCGGCCCGGCCUCCUCCUCCUGCUCGCCCUCCUCCUCAUCCUGCUCCUCAUCCCUCUCCUCCCCUGGCUGUUAUUUUUCCCCGCUCCGCGCAUCCCGCGCCCCCCCUCCCCGCGCCCGCGGAGCGCUCGCCCCUCCGCGCCACCCGCAUGACUGUCACCAAGAUGUCAUGGCGCCCGCAGUACCGCAGCUCCAAGUUCCGCAACGUGUACGGGAAGGUGGCGAGCCGGGAGCACUGCUUCGACGGCGUCCCCAUCACCAAGAAUGUGCACGACAACCACUUCUGCGCCGUCAACGCCCGCUUCCUCGCCAUCGUCACCGAGAGCGCCGGCGGCGGCUCCUUCCUCGUCAUCCCCCUCGAGCAGACAGGCCGGAUCGAACCCAACUACCCCAAGGUGUGCGGGCACCAGGGCAACGUGCUGGACAUCAAGUGGAACCCCUUCAUUGAGAACAUCAUCGCGUCCUGCUCCGAGGACACCACGGUGCGGAUCUGGGAGAUUCCCGAGGGGGUGAAGAGGAACAUGACGGAGGCCGUGCUGGAGCUCUACGGGCACAGCCGGCGCGUGGGGCUGGUCGAGUGGCACCCGACCACCAACAACAUCCUCUUCAGCGCCGGCUACGACUACAAGGUGCUGAUCUGGAACCUGGACAUCGGGGAGCCGGUGAAGAUGAUCGACUGCCACACGGACGUGAUCCUGUGCAUGUCCUUCAACACGGACGGCAGCCUGCUGGCCACCACCUGCAAGGACAAGAAGCUGCGCGUGGUGGAGCCGCGCUCCGGGCGGGUCCUGCAGGAGGCCAGCUGCAAGAACCACCGAGUCAACAGGGUGGUGUUCCUGGGCAGCACCAAGAGGCUGCUCACCACGGGCGUGUCGCGCUGGAACACGCGGCAGAUCGCCCUGUGGGACCAGGAAGACCUGUCCAUGCCCCUGAUCGAGGAGGAGAUCGAUGGGCUCUCGGGGCUCCUCUUCCCGUUCUACGACGCUGACACCCACAUGCUGUACCUGGCGGGGAAGGGCGACGGCAACAUCCGCUACUACGAGAUUGGCUCCGAGAAGCCCUACCUGAGUUACCUCAUGGAAUUCCGCUCCCCCGCCCCCCAGAAAGGACUGGGGGUGAUGCCGAAGCACGGCCUGGACGUGUCGGCCUGUGAGGUCUUUCGGUUCUACAAACUCAUCACCCUCAAGGGGCUCAUCGAGCCCAUCUCCAUGAUCGUGCCCAGGAGGUCCGAGACCUACCAGGAGGACAUUUACCCCAUGACACCGGGCACGGAGCCUGCCCUGACCCCGGACGAGUGGCUGAGUGGCAUGAACAGAGAUCCCAUCCUGAUGUCGCUGAAGGAGGGCUACAAGAGGACAUCCAAAAUUGUCUUCAAGGCCCCGGUGAGGGAGAAGAAGAGCGUUGUGGUCAAUGGCAUCGACCUGCUGGAGAACGUCCCGCCCCGCACGGAGAACGAGCUCCUCCGGGUGUUUUUCCGGCAGCAGGACGAGAUCCGGCGGCUGAAGGACGAGCUGUCCCAGAAGGACAUUCGGAUCCGGCAGCUCCAGCUGGAACUAAAGAACUUACGGAACAGCCCGAAGAACAAUUAACUCCCAGGGACGUUUUCUAAAUAAACUCUCCGUUGUUUCUACUCGCUCUUUAAUUUUAUUGUCCCCACUCACCCAGCCACGAGCCAGGAGCCCGCCGAGGUCCCAGCGCCGAUGGAUCCGCGUGUGCCCGGCACUAAUCCCGCUCUAACGCUGCCUCCCAGGGGCCCGCGCUCCCCGUGAGUAGGAGCCGUGUGCCCCCCGCCCCCGGGACGAGCCGGAUUCCCGGGAAAGCUGACGCUUCCUUGCUAUUAAUUUCUUUUCCUAUGCAAAAAACGUGACGGCGGGGGCAGAACUGGGAGGGAGGGGUGGGGAGAAGGGCUGGAUCACCCAGGCUGGGUCUGUGGGGGGAGGCUGGGAGCCCUCCCGGGGUGGGAAGCCCAGGAUCCAUCCCACGGUGGGAGCCCAGGACUCUUCCCAUGGCGAGAGCCUGUGAUCCUUUCCCAUGGUGGGAAUCCGGGAUCCAUCCCGCAGUUGGAGCCAGGGACCCCUUCCCACAGUGGGAGCCCAGGAUCCCUCCCCUGGCACGGCCAGGCAGGCUCUGGCACGGGCAGGAUUUGGCAGGAGCAGCCUGUGAGUGUCCCAGGGUGCAGCCCGGGAAGGGAGCGGCUCCACAUGCACCAGUAUCCUUUAAAAUAACAAAAAGCCAGGCUGGGUUUCCUACCUGGAGAGGGAAUUUUGCUCCUUCCACCUCUGCCAGGAGGGAUUUUCCCCUCCUCCUGUCUGCUGGGACACUGCCAGUGCCACGGGGAGGGGGAAGGAUGUCCCUGGGAUGGUCCUGGGAAGGAUGUCACGGUGCUGCCAUAGGGAUGGACCCUGUGGGAUGGAUCCCAAGGGAUGGACUCUGUGGGAUGGAUCCCAAGGGAUGGACCCUGUGGGAUGGACCCUGCGGGUGUCGGUGGGUUCAGCACGUUGUACAAUCACAGGUUUGAUGGAUUGGACCUGUAGCACAGACAGGGAACGACACCAAAUACUGCUGGAAUUCCUGGCUCUCCCCACUUUCACUGGCUCCGAGCUGCUGAGCUGCCUGGCAUCCCCAGGGCAGGGCUGUCCCUCUGUCCCCGGCGUGUCCCGCUGCCCUCGUCGCGUCCCACGUGCUGUCAGUGCCCGUUACUAUUUAUGCUCCCACGGAAUAGUGCUGGAAUAAACUGUUUUCAGGAUACCACA